AUGUCUGAAGAAAACUUGAGGCCUAGCUAUGAUGAUGAUCAAGUAAAUGAGGAUGUUUACAAAAGAGGCGCUCAGAGUAAGCUGACCAAAGCUCGUAAGGCGGACUUUGAUGAAGAUAAUGCAAAGGAAGAAAAAAGAGAUAAGAAAGCAAAGGCUGAUGGAAAACACGUGGAUAAAAGACCAAAAAGUGGUCCUCGUUUGGACGAGAAUGGAAAUCCACUUCCUAAGGAACCUCGUCUUCCAAAGAGAAAAGUAGCUGUUAUGGUUGGCUACUGUGGUACUGGCUACCACGGCAUGCAAUACAAUCCACCAAAUCCGACGAUUGAGUCUACUCUUUUCAAGGCCUUUGUCGAAGCGGGUGCAAUUUCCAGAGAUAAUUCCAAUGACUUGAAAAAGAAUGGAUUCAUGAGAGCUGCUAGAACUGAUAAAGGUGUUCAUGCAGGGGGUAAUUUGAUAUCACUGAAAAUGAUUAUUGAAGAUCCUGAUAUUAAAGAGAAGAUCAACGACAAAUUGCCCCAAGGAAUAAGGGUAUGGGAUAUUGAGCGUGUGAAUAAAGCGUUUGAUUGUAGGAAAAUGUGCAGUUCCCGUUGGUACGAAUAUUUGUUACCCACGUAUUCCCUCAUCGGCCCCAAACCUGGUUCUAUCCUCUACAGAGAUAUCGAAGAGAGUAAAGUUGAAUUGCCAGGCGUUUUAGAUGAAGAUUUAGAAUCCAAAGAAUUCUGGGAGGAAUUUAAAAGAGAUGCGAACGAAAAAUUCACUCCAGAGGACAUUGAAGCUGUAUUGGCAUAUGUUCCACCAGCCAGAGAUGAAUUCAAUAUCAAUGAAGAACUGUAUCAGAAGGUAAAAAAAUACAAACAACUAGAGAAUGCACAUCGUAGAAAAUACCGUAUAUCCGACGCAAAGCUGGCCAAAUUUCGCGCUUCUACGAAACAAUAUCUAGGUGCCCAUAAUUUCCAUAAUUUCACAUUGGGUAAGGACUUCAAAGAACCAAGUGCCAUUAGAUUUAUGAAGGAAAUAAAUGUAUCAGAUCCCUUUGUCAUCGGCGAAGCUCAAACGGAAUGGGUCUCCGUCAAGAUCCACGGCCAGUCGUUCAUGCUACAUCAAAUUCGUAAGAUGAUCUCGAUGGCGACUUUGAUUACUCGUUGUGGCUGUCCCGUCCAACGUAUCACCCAAGCUUAUGGGCAACAAAAGAUCAAUGUGCCAAAGGCACCUGCUUUAGGGCUAUUGUUAGAAGCUCCGGUGUUUGAAGGUUAUAAUAAAAGGCUAGAACAAUUUGGCUACAAGGCAAUCGAUUUUUCCAAAUACCAAGACGAAGUGGAUACGUUCAAAAUGAAACAUAUUUACGACAAGAUCUAUAAGGAAGAAGUGGAUGAAAAUGUUUUCAAUGCGUUCUUUAGUUAUAUCGAUAGCUUCAACAAAGUCACAGGGGCACAAGGAGAAGAAACUCCGGAUAAGUCGGGACUUGCUGUACAGAAGAGUAUUUUUGAGUUUUUAACCGCCAGAGGUAUCCCAGGUCUUGUUGAGGCACCCGAAAGUAAUAAGAAAGUCAAACAAAGAAAAAGAAUGGAAGAGGAAGAAGCCGCGAGUAGAGAAGCUGAGGAAUCCAGUGCCGCUGAGAAUAAAGAGCUAGAAGUGAAGCAAGAAACCGCAGUUAAUUGA